AUGCGAACUAAAGCGUUGAGUGUUUCAGAUAUUCAUUUGCUUACAAUGAAAACCGAAAAUAUGCUAGCUUUGUUAAUUAUUGCUGGAUUCUGCAGCACUACUGCUCAUUUAUACAAAGGCGGAGAAUGGAUUCCACCGAGAACGAUCACUAACUUAGUUCCACAACCAAAAUUUGAUAUGUCAUCACCUGAAUGUAUACCAUAUCGCGAACCAUGUGGUUUUUACAGCUUCAACUUUAAUAAUACUCCAUCACUCUCAUGGGCAAAAUCAUGGUGCAGAUGCGACAAAAACCACACAUGUACAUAUGAACGAACAGAUAUGAAAAUGCGCAUCUAUCGACUUUCUUGCACUCCUAUUAGAAAGCAGAAAAUUAAACUAGAGCCAAAUGUUUGA